GCAGAACUGGAACUGAUCUGAUACCAGGUCGGCCGUUCGAGCCAUGCAGUGGUACGGUAUCAUAGAACAAAUUCCACCUUGAAUGGAAGGUGACAGAAGUCUUUUCAUCACGUAGAGAUAAGCGCGAUACGAGGCAAGCCGCAUCGAUUAACGCCGCAGAUCAGCGUGAUAUAAAAGAAAUUAUCUAUACAUGUGUCACAGAAUUGUGGUCAACUUCAGUAGCAGUUGAGAUCACGCCGCGGGAAACAUGUUGAUCCAACGGAUCUUUUUAGCAUCGAUAUGCAUAGCGCUCUACUUCUGCAACUUCGCUUCAGGUGACGAUUUGAAACAGAUAAAUGGCGUAGUCGGCGAUACCGUCAACAUACCAAUGCCAUCUCCGACCAAGGUGGUAAAAUGUAUCGUACAAACGAAUACCGGAGAACAGUUCUCACUGCUUUCGAAUCAGAAACCGCAGGAAAUUAAUCAAAACUUCGUGGGCGGGUUUACUAAAACUUGUUCAAUGAAGAUAUAUCCCGCUACAAUAGCUCAUAAUGGCAACUGGACUAUACACGCCUACACCGUAAGACCGCCACCCGUUUCCAACGAAACGGAGAAACCGGAAAACGACGAAGAGACGAUAGAAACGCAAAACAACGUUGAAACAGAAGAACCAGAAUACGAUAUCACCGUCGCCCACUUCCUAGUCCGCGUUACCCAGACUAAACUGGUGGACGUAUCUCCUGCUCGAACCAUCACGGUAUUCACUGGGAACUUCAUGAUUCUCCAAAUGGUCAAUCGAUACGAAAACAUAACGCGCUGCGUAGCUACGUUACCAAAUGGGAACCAAUUUAACGUGCUCGAAGCUCCUGGCAACCAACCAAAAACCGAUAUCAUACGCCCAUUCGGUCAGUGUGGCGUGAUAGUCGAAGCCAACAUGGAACACACCGGCUCAUGGAGACUGGAUGCCUGGAUCGGAGAAUACGUAAACUUCUUUGGGACUUUCGCCGUUCAAGUUCAACAAAUGAACAGUGCUUCCGAAAAGCCAACAGUGACCCACCUCCAAAUCGGUGAACCAGCCACCAUCACGAUCGGUCCCAGCCAAGCUACUUCGUGCCGGCUACGAACUCCUUCCGGUGAAGAUCUGCCGAUAAGUUCCGCAAAUUGUCGAGUUGAUAUUCCCACUGUUACCAGGAAGCACGAAGGCCGCUGGACCGCGACUUACACUCUGUCAGGAAGUGUUCAGCCCAUCACGGAAGUGACCGAUGUGGAACUAUGGGAGGAUCGUCCAAUGAACGCUACCAUCGCGACGAUGACCAAUGGUGAAGUGAAUCUGCUCUGCAGCUUUCGAGCAUACAGCGUAGAAUUCUGUCAGUUCAUACGACCGGAUGGAGCGAUCAUCAAUGCCGUCGAAGGAAUCGGCAACGAUCGUUACAUCCACUAUAGCGCGGGUAUUCAGUCGUCACGCAUGUUGACCCAAGAGUAUCACGAAUGCGGAAUAACAAUCCUCAAACCGAACCUCAAGUACGAUUACGGAAACUGGAAGUGUCUGAUUGGCACUUCUACCGGAUUGACCGGUACAAUUUUAAGUUUGCCCGGUACUCACACAUCCGGCGAAACCGAUGAAGUUCAAGCGACAAUAUUCAAGUCAGAUAUCCUCGUUCCAAAGGGCCGAAAAUACACGAUUAGUUGCAAGGCGAAUGGAAAGUUAGACUACUGUUGGCUUCGUAGUCCGAACGGUACAUCUUACUCCGUUUCUUCGACCGUAAUUUCACCCACGACACUCGGAUACAAGGGUAUGGGAUUAUCAUUGGGAGAGUGCGGUGCCAUCAUUCCAUCCGCUGAAGAAACGGACAACGGUCAAUGGAGAUGCAACAUGGGGAUUUCUGGUGGUGAUGAACUCACUACGAGGAUAUCGGUAAUUGUCACAGAAUCAUUGCUGCACCCCACUAAACGUCAGGUGGAGGUGCUGAACCAGCAAGCACAUCUGAUAUCCUACCUGAUCAGUGGAUACGGAGAGUCGAUCGAAUACUGCCGUUGUAUACAUCCGGACGGAUUCGGUGUCCACGAAGGGAAAGGAAAGCAAUAUCGCUUACUGCGAACCGAUGACAGAUGUUCCUUGACCAUUAACCCUGUGACGAGAAAUUACGACACCGGAAAUUGGACCUGCAUCGCGAGCCUCACCGCAUCUUCGGCAGAGGUUUCGACCACCAUCGAAGUUUUGGAACCGGUGAUAAUUCUAUCUCAUUCGAGAAAAACUAUCGGACAUUGGUACAUGGGUCUUGGAUUGGCUUUAAUUUUAGUCGCCGCUACCGUCAUCUUUCUGCUUUUGAUUCGCUACCAGUUGGAGCGAAGACGGGCAAAGUCAGCCUCACCUUCGAUGUACGUAGUGAAUGACCUGAGGAUGCCUCCCGAACUUAAAACGGGUUUUUGCGGAAGUCGUUGACAUAGUUGAUCGCAAAAUAUUUUGAGAUAUAGCACAGAAGCCGGUGGAACAUUAACGCAAUAGUCAUGUUUGACGAACUUCAAAAUGUCACAUAAUCUUAAUUACUUGUAUAUUGUUAUUCGUAUUAGUUUUACAAUUAAUCGCGAUCGAUAUGAUUAUCGUAUAAUCUCUUCUUUUACUACUGAUUCGAUCGCCGUUAUCUCCCAUCGUUAUAUCAAAUGAACAAGCAUUAGCGAAGAUAAAAAUUGAUAUCACGUAGAAUACGUUAACAAACGUAUUUUUCAACCCCGUUCUCCAGACAUUAAACAGCGCUAUGCAAUCUGCAUAUUA